UAUGAUUAAAUUACCGGAAAAGGCGCGGGUGGUUAUUUGACUUUUAACUAAAUUACGUCACAAAUGCUUGACAUCAUAAUUAAGCGAUUGCUUGCGUCACAAAAGAAUGACGUAAAGAUCAGAGAAACAAAGUAACCAAGCAUUUAUCAAUACUAUUUUGGAAUCUUGUCUUCUUUCGCAAACAUGCCUACAGCAAGCCAAGCAAUGAUAGUUAUGAACGGUGAAGGAGAGGAUCCAAGAAUUCCACGAAGGAGAUACAAUGGGGAGACAGGCGCAUUCUCUGUUGCAAAUUACGACAUGGAACUGGCGCUCCGAUUAAAGAACAUCGGAUUCUUAAAUCAAGGAAUUUCAGGUACCGGAUUUUCGGACCAAAUUCCAGGAAAAUUUACAAAGAUGAAAGGACUUUCCACAAAUAUGGGUACAUAUGAUCCAGUAAGAAAGGUAUAUCGAUGGGAGGUGUCUAAUGCACACACAGAAAGACGGCCGCAAAUGAGAAGUAGUGACACAAACACAACGGAAAAUAUUGUAUGGUUUCCGAAAAGAGAGAACAUGGAUAAACGUCAGGACUUUGCAGGAAAUAAAUUGCCAAAACUCGGUGGAAAGUCUGGUAGCACUCCAAAUGUAACAUUAGAGGAUUUGGGAUUUCGAAAAAGAAAAACUGUUCCAAAAACUCCUGCACAUCCUAAGAUUGGAACAUCUCUUGCAUCACUUGGAACAAAGUUCGUUCUGUCUCCUAAUGAACGCCACACAGUAACCAUAGAAAGUGUUUACGAAAAGCCCGAGCAAGAAACACGAGUUGGAGAUUCUAGCUUGGAAAACCCAGUGACAGAGACAACACCAAAAUCUCAAAAGCUUUCAUUACUGGAAGAUGUAAAACGGACAGUGAAAUACGACAGCCGAGUCCAACCUGCGAUGUACAUGCGCAAAAACCGUCCACCCCCAAAUCCGUUCGCCGUUUGUUUCAGCUUCCGGGAGAACGAUGAUUACACUCACAUCGAUGUCAGAGAUAUCCUGGAAACUCAGCUUGGGCUCAAAGUCCGCUCCGUACAGUAUGAUCCUUUGUCGAUCCGCUCAUCGGAUCCGGAUGUGGGAACAAGGUGGAUCGUUACGUACGCUACUCCGGCGGAGUGCGAGUUUGUAGCCAGCAAAGGAGUUGAAGUGAAUGGGGAUAAAAUAGCUAUAAAACUUCUAGAUGACGUCAUUAAUUGUGAAUGUGAGGCAUACGCUUUGUGGAGAGAGGAUGAGAGACAGAAAAGGAUUGCCGAGGGGAACCGAAUGAUUCGAAAAGAGAGAAAAAGAAAGAGGAGGCCAAAGGACUGAAUAAUUUCCAUACAUGCCUUAUUUCAAGAAAUGAUGUUUUUGGAUGAUUUUUUGAUAUACAAUUUUUAGCAAUUCUUUGUAAAACUGCCAAUAGUAAUUUAAAAUUGUGUACCUAUAUGCGAGUUACACAGGGGAGUAUAUAUAAAGUUAUAUACAUACAUUGAUAUUCUUUUGUGCUUUUCUUUUUGGUAUGAAUUUCCUUAUAUAUGCAAAUUUUACUUUACCCACAACGAUGAACAUAUCAGAAAGCAAUAUGAUUGGACACCAUAAAUUGAAGUCUAUUAAACAAAUGCAUAUGGAUGAAGAAAAAAAAGUU